AAGCUAUCAGUUCGUCACCACUAUACACUCUCCGUAAUCAAAAGAUCACGGAUCUUAUAAAAUGCUUCUGAAAGCGUUCUCUCCCGAGAUCGUUUAGGCAGGCGAAGCUCUGGGAACCCGGGAAGACAUCGCACUCUGGGACAACAUGAUCUCGUUCAACGAUCGUACCUUGUUAACGUGUGCCAUCAUUGGUCUAACUGCGAUCAUUUGUGUGGCAACUGUUGAAGCAGAACUUGAAGUAGUAAGCGUGUUAUUUAGACACGGUGAUAGAACGCCAGAUGACAGUAACGAUGAAAAGUACCCAAACGACCCAUACCUGGACUACGAUUUCUAUCCAAUGGGUCGUGGUCAAUUAACCAACCAAGGUAAACGACGGGAGUAUACUCUGGGCAGAUUUCUGCGAAUGAAAUACGGAAGAUUUUUGAAAGAUCUUUAUACACAAGAAACCGUCAUUGGUGUUAGUUCUGAAUACGAUAGAACGAAAAUGUCAUUGCAAUUGGUUCUGGCGGGUCUUUUUCCACCGAACAGGGAACAAAAAUGGAAUCUGAUGUUAAAUUGGCAACCAAUCCCUACUAAUUACAUACGCCGAUAUGAGGACAACCUUUUUCUUCCAGAGGAUUGUCCCUUAUAUGCAAAUGAGUACGAUAGAGUGCUAGAAUCACCCGAAGGACGGAAAGCACUUUCCAAGUACAGUGAUUUGAUGAAAAAUUUAACCGAGUGGAGUGGAAAAAAUAUAUCUACACCAUGGGAUAUGUAUUACUUAUACCAUACGUUAAUGGCUGAAUAUUCCAUGGACCUCACAUUGCCAGAUUGGGCUUACACGGUAUUUCCAAAUGGCGAUUUGUGGAAUGGAACUGUAUUCGCGUACGAUGCUGCCAGUUUCACUCCUUUAUUGAGAAGGAUCAAUGGAGGGGCGUAUCUCCGAGAGGUCACGAAAACAAUGUUGAAUUUUAUAACCGAUAGAGUGGAGAACGAACGAAAGAUGUAUCUGUACAGUGGACACGAAAGUAACGUUGCUGCUGUAAUGCAAUCUCUUCGAGUAUACUAUCCUCAUGUUCCUGAAUAUUCCAGUGCCCUGAUAUUGGAACUUCAUAAAAUAGAUAACGAAUACUACGUGAAGAUUCUUAAUUACCUUGGCAUCCCGUCAAAGAUUAUAGAACUUCAAAUUCCUGGAUGCGAGAAAUUGUGUCCUUUCGACAAAUACUUAGAGUUGAUGGAGGAUGUACUUCCAUCAGACGAUGAAAUUAUAUGCAAUAAGGGCAUCACCAAAGAUUAUGCUAAUUACAAGUCCAACGAGGAACUUGAUUUAACGAAGUACAACCUAAUUAGAACGGCAAAGGCGUUCAAACUUGAUUAAUUGAU